CUAUACACAUUCUUACAUUGUGUCACAAUAGCCAAAAUGCAGACCUGCCUGUCUCGUCGCGGUGUGUUCGGUGCCUCCGGCAAGGCGAGCCGCAAGGCGGUGGUCGUCCGUGCCGAGGCCAUCAGCGUGCCCGCUCCCUUCACCAAGGUCGCUCCCAAGGGCGAUCGCGUGCUGGUCAAGGUUGCUGAGGAGGAGGUGAAGACUCGCGGCGGCAUUCUCCUGCCUCCCUCAGCUAUCAAGAAGCCCACUUCCGGUGAGGUGGUCCAGCUGGGCGAUGGCCGCGUUGGCGACGGCGAGGUCCGCCCCUUCUACCUGCAGCCUGGUCAGACCGUGGUCUACAGCAAGUUCGGGUUCAUGUACCAGGACCUGAAGCUGUCCAACGGCGAGGAGUACAUCCUCAUCCGUGAGGACGACGUCAUCGGCAUCAUGCCCCGCGCCAACGCCCAGGCCGACGACGUGCCUGAGCUGCAGCCGCUGGCUGACCGCGUGCUGAUCAAGGUGGAGGAGGUGGCGGACGUGACCAUGGGCGGCGUGUUCCUGCCGGAGACCGCCAAGGAGCGGCCACUCAGCGGCACCGUGGUCCGCGUGGGCCCCGGCAAGUACGACAAGGACGCGGAGGGCAAGCGCCGGACCGUGCCGCUGGCCCCCGGCGACAAGGUGCUGUACUUCAAGUACGCGGGCGACAACAUGGAGACCCCCAGCGGCGACAAGUUCGUGGUGCUCCGCAGCGACGACGUGCUGUGCAAGGCAUAAGGCAGCUAGCUGGUGAGCUAGCUAGUUAGCUUCUUGCUUUGUAUUCAGCUGGCGUCUGCUCAGCAAUGCAGCAGUGCGGCAGCGCGUGGGGGAGACGCGAGGUAGGCGCAGCGCGCCGUGUGUGGUGGCUGCAAGCGAGGGAGCAGGAUGGGAGGGAGAGCGGCGGUGGAGGAGGAGGAGGAGGAGGAGGUUGGCAUGGAGCCGCUGAAGCUCUGGUGCCAGUGACCGGCACCAAAGUAUUUGUGGGCGAGCAACAAGCAGGCGUUGACUUCGCGUGUGAAAGCCAGACCCGCAGUUGAUAAUUCAUGCAGUGCAAUGGCGUUGGGCUCCACAAUUGGGGGUAGGAUUGCGUAAUGGCCAAGCAGAAGCUCGGCAGGCACACGCUCCUCGGUGGCCAGGUCACUACAUUGUUAAACGCUGCCGCAUGGAUGUGAAGGAUGUCAUCCGAGAGGAGAGGAUGCAAGCCGCGGGUUGCGGAUGAAUGGGUAUGACAUGAAUGCGUUGGCCCUUGGCACGAUCCGAGGGUUAAACCAGGUUAAACAGUCCUGAGGGCCUUUCUGACUUGAGUUCGGGGUGUGGAGGGCUUCGAGCUGCAUCACCGGCAUUACUGUUGUGUGUAACCAAGGUCUUCA